GUUUUGUACACAAUCACCUACCAUUCGGUGAGAAAAAAAAAAUGGACGACUCUUAAAAAUAUAUUCUUGGAAUCUUCUCUCUACAAAAAAAAAAUCAACCGAUUUCACUUCUUCUCGUGGCUAAACACUUCAAUCUUCGCAGCAUGGAUUCGUUUCUGGAAAAUCAGCAAAUUAUUGAAUUUGUAUGUCGGAAAUUCCGAGGAUUGGAACAAUUUUGAGGAUUUUGUUGUAUGGAUUUAUGUUGAUUUAGGGUUUAGAGGAUUGUAAAUUUGACAUUUUUUGGGGGUGAAUAUUUGUGAGUGAGCCAAAUGAAUGUGGUGGGUAGAGUUGGCAGCAUCAUAACACAAGGAGUGUACUCGGUUGCCACACCGUUUCAUCCGUUUGGUGGGGCGGUGGACAUAAUCGUUGUUAAGCAGCACGAUGGGACGUUUAGGAGCACGCCUUGGUAUGUUCGGUUUGGGAAAUUUCAAGGUGUUCUCAAAGGGGCGGAGAAGCUUGUCCGAAUAGAAGUCAAUGGUGUCGAAGCCGAUUUUCAUAUGCAUCUUGAUAACUCGGGUGAAGCUUAUUUCGUCAGGGAGGUUGACGCGGAGAAGGAUGAUCGGGAGGGUGUUAAGGACCCGGAGAGUCUUGAAGGCGGGAGGGAGGACAAUAGCAGUGUUUAUAGUAAUGCAGAGAGCGGUUCUAAAGAGAACGAUUUUUUGGGACAAGAGAUCGAUGAGUUUAAUGGUGGUGAUGCGGAGAUGCAAGAUUUACGCACGACUCUUGGUAUGAAGAGGUUAGAGAGAGCCGAGUCUGACAAUGAGCGGAUUUUCUAUGAGUUUCAAGAUGAACAAUCUUCUUUGGAUGGUUCAGUUGAGUUCUCUGAGUACGAUAAUUUAGAUAGUGUGGAACAUGCAUUGGAGGAAUCGCAAAAUUCGAAUUCGGAGGUGGUUUUAGUGAGUGUGGACGGGCAUAUACUAAUGGCACCUAUAUCAUCAUCCGUGACGGAUGCUGCGAGUGUGCAACUGAGCACGCCUCAGUUUCACCUCGGACCGGGCGAAAGAACUCAACAGUUUAACAGGGGUGAUGAUAUGUGGACGACUAAUUGUAUGGCCGAGCUUGAUUCUCCUAUACAUGAAAACACCCCUAGAAAAAAUUGCAAUGGAGACGAGAAUCCUCAAUCUUCUGAACACUUCGAGCCUAGACAAAGUGACAAAGAUCGUCUAUACCAUGUCCAAGAAAGUCUGGAUUCAUCUAUUCACGACAAGGAGUUCAGUGUAGAAAGUGGCUCUGAAAGUGCAUCAGGCCGUUUUAUUACGUGCGAUGUUUUCAAGAGUUGCCAUGAGUUCAUGGAAUUGUCGCAGCAGUCUGCAAACGGGGAUCGGGAGGAUAUCAGUUGUUCAGGAGACCAGAAAUCGCCUUUGAGUCCUUUGACGAAUGACGAACAUGUAGAACAGAAUCUUGAAAUAUCAAGAGACAAUGGUGAAUCAGAUUGCGACGAGUCUGGAAUGCCUAGCCGUGUCUCGUUGCUUGAGUCACAGGUUGAAGCUGCAGCUCAGGAAAGAUCUACUUCCAAUACAGAUCACGAUGAUUCUGAUCGCAUGGCUGUUCGGUUUGCUACCGUUGAUCAGGAUUCAGGGAAACAAGUGGAAGAUGAUCGAACUAUCCGAACAAUGAAUGAUGGCAGGGAGUCUCCUUCUGAUGUAUGUCAAGAAAGGGACCACGUUGAACCUCAUACAGCUGCUCCAACUGAACCGUUCGGGCUGGAAAUAUCUCUUUGCGCAAAGUUGCUUCAUGCUGGAAUGGGUUCGAGUGCAGCACAAGAUGCCUUCGACGAGAAGCGCAUAUCAUUGGAGGAAUUUAAACUUUCACCUGCAUCAGUUGUGAAGAGUGAAGACCUGAUUGUUAGAAUUCAGGGGAAGUACGUACCAUGGCAUAAAGCUGCACACAUUGUUCUCAGCAUGGCUGCUUUUGGCGAGGAUCUACCGGUCGAGGCAGAAGACGCAAUCCCGGUGGAACAGGAGAAGCCAGAAAAAAAAGAAGACGAUCCACAGCUGGUUUCUACUCCAUCUCGCAGAUGGAGACUCUGGCCAAAUCCGUUUAGGAGGGCCAAGACACUCGAACAUGCCACUAGCUACUCAUCUAAUGAAGACGUCUAUGUUGGUUCCGAAUCCGGCUCACAGAGUCAACAGGCCGUUUCGACCCCCACAGCACGUGCAGCCAGUGAGUCUCCUCGCAAGCAGUUUAUUAGAACCAAUGCACCCACCACCGAACAGAUUGCAUCUUUGAAUCUCAAGGAGGGGCAAAAUAUGGUGAGUUUCAAAUUCUCUACCAGAGUUCUUGGAUCCCAGAAGGUUGAAGCUCAUAUGUAUUUGUGGAAGUGGAAUACACGAAUCGUGAUAUCAGACGUGGACGGGACUAUUACCAAGUCUGAUGUUCUUGGCCAGGUCAUGCCGUUGGUAGGAAAAGACUGGAGUCAUUCUGGGAUCGCUCAUCUUUUUUGUGCAAUAAAGGAGAACGGAUACCAGCUCUUAUUUCUAAGUGCACGAGCUAUUGUUCAAGCAUAUUUAACGAAAAGCUUCCUAUCCAAUCUCAAGCAGGAUGGUAAAAGCUUGCCAACUGGACCUGUUGUCAUUUCCCCUGAUGGAUUAUUUCCCUCGUUGUACCGAGAAGUUAUACGACGAGCUCCACACGAAUUCAAGAUUGCCUGUUUGGAGGAUAUUAAGGCGCUCUUUCCACCCGAUUACAAUCCAUUUUAUGCGGGUUUUGGAAACAGAGACACCGACGAGCUCAGCUACCGGAAAAUUGGGAUUCCGAAGGGCAAAAUCUUCAUAAUCAACCCCAAGGGGGAGGUGGCCAUUAAUCAUCGUAUUGAUGUGAAAUCAUACAGGUCGUUGCACACGCUGGUGCAUGACAUGUUCCCGCCAACGUCAUUGAUCGAACAGGAGGAUUAUAACUCGUGGAACUACUGGAAAGUGCCUUUGCCCGAUGUCGAUAACUUGUAGAAGCCAAGUUCGAGCCCAGCUCGGCCCGAAUGCAGAGAGCUGUAUCAGUGGCUGUAGAUGCUGGGACAUAAUUUUUUUGGUAGCUAGUAUUCUUGUUUCCAUCACUUUUUCUUUCUCUGCCUCAGCAUAUGAUUUAGUUAAAAACUCCAUUUAUAGAUAUAUGUAUCCAUAUAUAGACCAUUCAUGUUGUACUAAGUUGAUGCACAUAUUCAUCUUUAAUCAAUAAAUAUAUUCUUCCCAUUUUACUUUUA